ACCAACUUUCUCUUACUAUCUUUCUCAAAUUUUUAACCAACAAUAACAAUGGCGAACCAUAUUCAACAUUCCUUAACCACCAUUCCUAAACCGGAUCUAAUCAAAGAAGAACAACGUUUUGACGAAGAUACGGUGAACUUGCAAGCGGAGAGGAUCUUGCAUGCCAUGGCCUUUCCCAUGGUACUCAAAACUGCUUUGGAGCUUGGCGUUAUCGACAUGAUCACUUCUGUAGAUGACGGCGUGUGGCUCUCGCCUUCUGAGAUCGCUCUUGGUCUCCCAACAUGGCCCACCAAUCCGGAGGCACCGGUAUUGCUGGAUCGAAUGCUGGUUUUAUUAGCCAGCCACUCAAUAUUGAAGUACCGUACGGUAGAAACCGGAGAGAACAUUGGAAGUAGAAAGACUGAGAGGGUCUAUGCAUCUGAACCGGUUUGCAAGUUUUUCUUGAACCGCGGAGAUGGCUCGGGGUCUCUCGCCACUUUGUUCAUGGUAUUCCAAAGCGAAGGCUGUAUGAAGACUUGGGCACAUCUCAAAGAUGUGAUAUUAGAAGGAAAGGAUGCAUUCAGCUCUGCUCAUGGCAUGAGGAUUUUCGAAUACAUUGGUUCGAACGAACAACUCGCUGAGAUGUUUAACCGGGCAAUGUCGGAAGCUUCCACAUUGAUUAUGAAGAAGGUUUUAAAAGUUUACAAAGGAUUCAAAGAUGUAAAUACUUUGGUGGAUGUGGGAGGAGGAAUUGGAACCGUCAUAGGUCUAGUGACUUCCAAGUAUCCUCAUAUUAAAGGCAUAAAUUUCGAUCUAGCAUCGAUUUUAGUCCAUGCUCCUCUUUAUAAAGGAGUGGAGCAUGUUUCGGGAGAUAUGUUUAAAGAAAUUCCAAAGGGAGAUGCCAUCUUCAUGAAGUGGAUUCUACAUGAUUGGACUGACGAAGAUUGUGUAAAGAUUCUAAAAAAUUGUUGGAAAAGUCUAUCCGAGAAAGGAAAAGUGAUAAUAGUCGAGAUGGUUAAGCCGGUAGAACCAAAGAUCAACGACGUUUCUUCUAACAUUGUGUUAGCCAUGGACAUGUUGAUGUUAACACAAUGCUCAGGUGGUAAGGAGAGGACUCUUUCACAAUUUGAGACUCUAGCCUCUGAUUCAGAAGAACAACGUUUUGAUGAAGAUACGGUGAGCUUGCAAGCGGAGAGGAUCUUGCAUGCCAUGGCCUUCCCCAUGGUUCUCAAAGCCGCUUUGGAGCUUGGCAUUAUCGACAUGAUCACUUCUGUAGAUGACGGCGUGUGGCUCUCGCCUUCUGAGAUCGCUCUUGGCCUUCCAACCAAGCCCACCAAUCCGGAUGCACCAGUAUUGCUGGAUCGGAUGCUGGUUUUAUUAGCCAGCCACUCAAUCUUGAAGUACCGUACGGUAGAAAACGGAGAGAACAUCGGAAGUAGAAAGACGGAGGGGGUCUAUGCAGCUGAACCGGUUUGCACGUUUUUCUUGAACCGUGGAGAUGGCUCGGGGUCUCUCGCCACUUUGUUCAUGGUACUCCAAGGCGAAGUCUGUUUGAAGAGUUGGGCACAUCUCAAAGAUGUGAUAUUAGAAGGAAAAGAUGCAUUCAGCUCUGCUCAUGGCAUGAAGUUUUUCGAACACAUUGGUUCGAACGAACAAUUUGCUGAGAUGUUUAACCGCGCAAUGUCAGAAGCUUCCAGAUUGAUUAUGAAGAAGGUUUUAGAAGUUUACAAAGGAUUCGAAGAUGUGAAUACUUUGGUGGAUGUGGGAGGAGGAAUUGGAACCGUCAUAGGUCUAGUGACUUCCAAGUAUCCUCAUAUUAAAGGCGUCAAUUUCGAUCUAGCAUCGGUUUUAGUCCAUGCUCCUCUUCACAGAGGAGUGGAGCAUGUUUCAGGAGAUAUGUUUAAAGAAAUUCCAAAAGGAGAUGCCAUCUUCAUGAAGUGGAUACUACAUGAUUGGACUGACGAAAAUUGUGUAAAGAUUCUAAAAAACUGUUGGAAAAGUCUUUCCGAUAAAGGAAAGGUGAUAAUAGUCGAGAUGGUUAAGCCGGUGGAACCAAAGAUCAACGACGUUUCUUCUAACAUUGUGUUAGCCAUGGACAUGUUGAUGUUAACACAAAGCUCAGGCGGUAAGGAGAGGACUCUUUCACAAUUUGAGACUCUAGCCUCUGAUUCGGGUUUUCUUCGUUGUGAAAUCAUUUGUCAUGCCUUCUCAUAUAGUGUUAUCGAAUUACACAAAUAAUUUCAACAUUUUACCAAUAAAAUUCAUCUCUCAUACUUGUGGAGACUAUAUGGACUUUUUUUUUUCCUCAUGUAAUGUGUAAAAUAGUUUGUGUAUUGGUUCUUUUUCAUUUGUGUGAUUUAAACAAAAUAUAAAAUAACGUGUUGAUA